UUUUUUGGGAAUUUUAAAGUAGUUAACUAUUUUGAAAAUCAGUAUAAACAAUUGGAAGAAAGUUUGGAAAAAUUUGGUAUUUUAAAAAUGGAAGGUGAAAAAAAUAAAAAGCCCACAAUUAAAACAAAAAUUGGGGGAGAAGUUGAAGAAGAAAUUGUUGGGGGAAAUGAAAUAAUAUACAAAGAAAUUAACGAAAUAUUUAUUAAAUUGGAAAAAGAAAUAAUGAAAUCUAAAAUAGAAGAAAAACAAAUUGAAUCUUUGCCUGAAUUUGGGGAAAUUUUUAAACAAAUUUUUGAUAGUAUGUUUUUAUUAAAAAUUGGUGAGGAAGAAGCGAAAGAAGUUUUAAAAAAUAAAUUUAAAGAAAUAUAUAAAGAAUAUCCGGAUAUUCAAUUCUUUUUCAAAACUGAUAAAAGAUUUGAUCGUUUACUUCAAAGUUUUAAUUUUUUAAUUGAAAAGGAAAGAAAUGGGAAGAAAUUAAAAGGGGUUGAAGUAAAAUAUAAGGUUAAUUUAAAAAAUAAUUUAAAUAAUAAAAAUGCUUAG